AUGGAGGUUCAUUAUGAGGAAUUGAGCCACCGACUGUCCCCUAGCACCUCUUGCACUAACCUGGGCAGUAGUUUAGAGCUGGCUAGCAUGGCAGAUCUGGAAGAGGAGAACAUCCAGGGAUCUCUGCGCUUUUCACUAUUCUACGAUCAGCUGCAGUCCAAACUGGUGGUGACGGUACUGGACGCCCAGGAUCUAGCCAUGCGAGACUUCAGUCAUAGCGUGGACCCGUUUGUUUGGGUGCGGUUGCUGUGGGCAGAAAGAGAGGAUGAGGAGCAGAGUUCAAUGCAGUGUGUUCUGGACGAAUGGCAGACACGUCUAGUGAAGAAGAGCUGCAGUCCUGUGUUUGGAGAUCAGUUCUCUUGCACCCUGACUGAGGAGGAAGUACCAAGAGUCACUGUUAGAUUUGAGGUUCGGGAUUUUGAUAAAUUCUCAAGACAUGGAAUUCUAGGAGAGGCCCGUGCUCCCCUGAACAGGCUGAAGCUCUCAUAUCCCCUGGAGUUAAGAGAGGAUCUGCACGUACCCAAGAAAGAUAUGGUUGGUGAGGCACUGCUCUCUCUGAAAUACAUGCCUACAUCUCAGAGGCUGGAGGUGGGAGUGUUGAAGAUCCGCACAGUAUGUCAUCCCAAUAAGACUGAGAGAGCUCUCUAUGCCAAAACCAGCGUUACCUGCAACCACUGCAAACUUCGACAUCAGAGGACAAAACAGAAGAAGCGUUGGGAGGUGACUGUGUUCAAUGAGGUCCUGACCUUUGUGUUGCCAGAUCAACAGAUCAGAGAGUGCACCAUUAUAGUGUCUGUUUACGAAAUUCAGCCUUCAAAGAAUUCUUCCAAACGUUUGAUUGGUCACAUCCACAUCAAAAAGGGCAAAACCUUCGAAAAUGAGCACUGGAAACUGAUGAUGCAAUCACUACGACAGCCAAUCGCUAAGUGGCAUUUAAUCUUCAUCUGAAUACACCUCAAGUUUAUUGACACUUCCAGUUCCCGAGGUGGGAGGUUGAGGUCGUACUUCCAGUGUUCUGACGAUUUGUGCUACCCUGUCA